GGCGGCCACGGGCAGGGGGAGGGGGUAUUGAUCGUCGCGCGCCGCCUCGCCGGCGCCUCUAAAGGCUUCGCGGCCGUUCAUGAACACUGAAAAUUUGAUGUGUGUGAGUUUGAGCUCGUUAAUCUUACGUAGAGAAACUUGUACACCAGAAUCAAUCGAAUCUAUUUGUCUGAAACAUGUAACAGGCAAUGGUUAAUAAUACCCCCUAAAUCGUAGAUACGCCUGAUACGAUAUUACAACGAUAAGUUUUCUAGGAGUGCCAUACUGAUAAGCCGCUCGCUGGUUACACAUUUAUAACGUGAGUAACGGGUUCGAUACCUGUUUUAAACGUUAAUAAGAAACGAAGGAAACGAAUGUUUCUUAAAAACAGAUUUAUGCCACAAUUCGUAUUGGGUUGCCAGUGUAGGUGUCGUACUACUAGAUCUUGGACAACACAGCGAGGAGAAUUAUUCGAAUCGCUAUAAGGUUGAUCAGUUGGGAUAUUUGUACUGAAGUCUCAUCGUUAUUGUAGCUCAACAAUAAAACAACAAUCAAAACAUUGUCCUGUUAUUAGCAAUACAAUAAAAGUUCUAGUAAAACAUGGCAACGAUAAAUAACAAUAGGUUUACCUACGUCAUGAUCAUCGACAGAAGCUUAGUAUGUAGAGCCGCGCUGCAACGACUGGUUCAAUAUUAACUUACUAUUUACUUUGUACCUAUCAGUAUCAGCUCACAUCUUUAUUAUUGUUUAAAGAAUGGAAGCUAUAAAUAAGAAACAUUUUAUAGGUUUGAACACAGUUAUAGAGCCGGGCCCGUCGCUCUUAGGAAGGAGCUAGUUCUAGUAGGAAGCUGCGAGGGAGCGACUCGAAGGCUGUAUAGCUGCGAGGGGCGCGGGGCGGCGGAGCGGAGGGAGGGCCCCCUCCAGCCAGACGCACUCGAGCCGGAUGCCGCGCGACCCGCGCCCCGACAAAGCUCACGCGCUCUACAGAGGCGACGCGAUUUAUAUUACCUGCCUAAGUAUUAAGCUAGCGAAUAUUCAGUAAAGGGACGGUAUCUACAAGUUUAGUCAAUUUUUCACUGUCCGGCCAGGUCUGUCUCUACUAUUUCCGAUUAAAGCACUGUAGUGGGUCACAUCUCAUUAAUAUUAAAAAUGCGAAAGCAUUUGUGUGUGUAUGUCUGUUACCUCCUUCCUCCCAAAUGGCUGGACUGAUCAGUGCUUGGAGUCGUCAAUAGACUAUCCGACUUCGUUAAAAUAAAAUAAGGUGUUUGCAGCUAUAAACGACAUCCUGAUGGGCAAAGCCAGCCAGCGAGAAACAGCUAGUGCCUAAUGUAUCACGGUCGAAAGAGUAUCUAUUGUAUAUUUUAUUAUCUGUAGUAAGAAAAUUUAUUCGUAGGUACUUACAUGAUAAGAUAAAAGCAGGUCAUUAAAAAUGCCUUCGAAUAGAAUCCUAUUCUAUACCUACAUCAAACAUCCAAUACCUAUCAACGCGCGGUGCGAAAAAUAUCUUUUACAAAACGUGUCGGCAGUAACAUACGGUCGUGUCAGUAAAAUUUUAGAAUUAUGUUUGUCUGAUUGAAUGUUGCUGAAGAUCACAAAAUAAGGGAUACCUAGUCACUUUGGAAGGUAAGUGUUGUUAGGCAGUUCGGGUCGGGUUCGGGUGCGGUCCGGCUCUGUGGCAGGCGCGCGGCGUGCGACGAGCGGGUGGAGUGCGGCCGGUGCGGCGGGCCGCGCGGCAGUGGCGCGAGAGUGUUGGCGCGAUGCACUCGUUCGUGAGGGCGGCGACUCUGGCGGCGCUGCUGGCGCUGGCGGCGGCUGCGGCGCGCCGCACCGACCAGGACUUUGAGUUCGACGACGACGCGGAUGGUGGCGCGGCCGAAGUAGGCGUCGGUCACGCGCGCCGACCUCGGCGGUAUGUGUACGACCCCCACAACUCUCUGUGUCGCUCGCUGGUGUGCAAGAAGCGCGAGGUGUGCGUGUUGCGGGACGCCUUCACCGCGCUCUGCGCCACCAAAAAGGAUAUCCUACGCAGAGGAGAUAUAAUAGUAGCAGCAAGUAGUGGUGGCGGAGUGUGGGACCGAGAGCCAGAAGCUCGUGGCGGCGAGUGGGAGCGGGACGGCGACGAUGAUGACGUGUUCUACGACGCCAGCGCACACGACGACGCCGACGCCGACCUCGACGCCGACGACGCCAAGCGCUGCGUGGGGUGCGGCGGGUCGGGCGGGUCGGGCGCGGCGGGCGCGUCGUUCCUGUGCGGCUCGGACAACCGCACGUACUCGUCGCUGUGCCGCCUGGACCUGCACAACUGCGUGCGGCGCGGCGCGCGGCCCGUGCGGCUCGCCUGCCGCGGCUUCUGUCCGUGUCGCCGCCCGCACCGCCGCCCGCGCCCGCACCGCCAGGACUCGCACACCGAUUGGCGGCGCCGAAAAAUGGAAUCCUCCCACAACGAGGUUCUACCAGAGAGACAGUCCCGUCGACGAUUCCCACAAGGCUCUGAAGGUUGCGCAUUGGAUAAGAUGGCGAAUCGACUUCUGGAUUGGUUUUCUGUACUGAUGGAAGAGGCGGGGGCCACGGCACCCUCGGCCGAUGGGUUCCCGAGCGACUGCAAGCCGGAGGUGCGCUGGAUGUUCGCGCACCUCGACACGGACGGCGACGGGCUGCUGUCCGCGGCCAACCUGUACUCGCUGCGGCACGACGAGCGCGAGCGCUGCCUGCGGCCGUUCCUGUCGUCGUGCGGCGGCGGCGGGGGCGCGGGCGGGGGCGCGGGGCUGAGCCGCGCGGCGUGGUGCGGCUGCCUGCGGCGCGCGGCGCGGCCCUGCACGGCGCUGGCGCGCGCGCACCCGGGCGCGGCGGGCGCGGGCGCCUACGUGCCGGCGUGCGACGCGCGCGGCUUCUACCGGCCGCGCCAGUGCCACGCCGCGCUGGCCGUGUGCUGGUGCGUGGACGCGCACGGCCAGGAGCUGCCCGGCUCGCGCACCAAGGGUGCGCCGGAGUGUCCCGGUGAAAAGUCGGAGGAGGGCGCAGAGGGCGCUCCGGCCGAUGACGAGGACGGCGGCGCGGGCAGCGGCGACGCUGAGCUGCGGUUUUAGACUAGCACCGCAACCCGUACGCGUCGCCUCAUAUUAUCGUCAACAAAAAAGCUUCCCGACUCCUAACUUACAUUAGGUUUCCUAUCAUCAAAGUACUAACUUCCUUUGCAUUAUUCAUUUACUGAAGUCUUAAGCAUAUUAGCGUUAGCGACGAGACUAUUACUAUGUCACCUACUAGAAAAGAUAUGGAUACAAGUCACGUGGUCAUCCAUCCACAUAAAUAAUUAUUUUGAAUGGGAAGGUAGAUACCAUAGUAAGUGUGAUUUGUAUAAGUAUCUUACACUAGCAGCUCUCGGGAUUCGAGCUUUUUGGACAUCUAAUAAAGCUACAACGCAAAUAGUUUGUCAAUAUUUGUACAAUCCUGUCUCUGGAGCACCCGUGCACACUUACGAUCCGUCACGGAGGCUUGGACAGAUGUGGUAGAACAUUGAUGUCACACGGUGUAGCUAUGGCGUACCUACAUACUUACUCGAUUCUAAACACCGCGUCAUUAUGUAGAUACUGUUCCUCGGUAUACACUAUAGUUGUAUAGGUACAUACAACUAUAUUAUUGUGGUAUCUUAUUACUAUAUUAUUUAGCAGUUUAGCUGAAUGACAUUUUGAUAUGUACCUAGGUAUUUGUAACUGUAUUAAUUUUAAACAGAACCAAAUGCGGUGUCUGUCUAAUUUCUAUGAUUAACACUGAGAUAGCCCCAAACAGGCGGAAGACCUAAAUAAAUCGAAUAAAUUGAUUUAAUAGUUAAAGUGGCAAUACGAUUUGUACCUAGUUGUAUUAAUUUUAAUUACUUAGAUGAUCUUAUGUGCUUACUUAUGUCUAGUUUCUAGUAGUAAUAUUAUUGUAUUUGCAACUGGGCACGGUAUGGCGACCAAACAUUCGGCCUACGUAAUUAUAUUAGGUCUGUUUCUAUUCAAUUACAAUGUUUAACCGUCCCUCUAAAAUCAUGAAAAAUAUAGGUAUAUUUUCUAUUGCAAUAAUUGCAUUGAUUAUAAUCAUAAGGUUGCACGGGUUUAGGAAACAUAAUCAAGCCCUUUAGAAUACUUACUAGGUACUCAAAGGGGUAACAAAUAUACGGAGCCGAGCCUAAAACACAUGUCACAAGUCAUUAACUUGGUCUACGUAGGUAACAACGUGAUCAACUUGUCGCGGAAAUGGGUUCUACAAUUUUUGAACCUGGAGAACAUUAUCGCUAUACUCAACUUGAUCUCAGGCUGUCUGUUUUCUGUGCUGAACAUAGUACAUUUAAUAAUGUUCAUUAACUUCGUCUUUUUCAUGAAAAAGCCACUUCUAAGCUUUAGCCUUAGUUUUAUUUGUGACCAGGAUAGUCAUGAAGUAACACUCCCAACUUGUAGGUAUUCUCAGGUCUGACAAAAAACAAAAACUAAUAAUCUUGUGUCUAUUGUAUGCUUAUGAAAUAUAGACUAGAUUAAUGGUUUUGUAUUAUAAUAUUAAGCAUGUGUGAAUAAUAUAACAUAUAUACUCCAUAUGUCGAGUUCAUAUUUGGUUAUAAUAGAGUGCCACUCUGUGUCUUGGGUAGUAAAUAUCUACUCAAUACACAUCUAAUAAAAUAAAGCACAGAUCUUGUCUGAGUGAGAUAUACAUUACUUAUAACCCCUUAAUGAUGUACGACAAAUAAGCUUAUGAAUGUUUGAUAUUAAUAGAAUAAGAUAGUGUGGCAAGUUCACAAUAGGUUCUAAUUGUGUUGACAGUAUAUGAGUAGCACACAGUGGCCCAGGCCCUGUGCUGUACAUCUAGUGUGUAAUUUACUUGGAACUUUCUUAUGAAUGUCUGUACCUAAGUACCUUUGAGGAAAAUUUAUAAAACAUUGUUUAAGCCUAAUCACAUUAGUUAGAUAAUUAUUUGCACUUUUUUAAAUUUCAGUCACUGUACUCUAAUAAAUCAAUAAAUCUAAUUAAGUGUUAUUUAUCUUUGAUUCUUACCCUUCAUCUAGAAUAAAAUUGAAAUAAAAACUGAAGUAAGC